CUGGCGAUUAAUCGAAUAGAUAUAUUCAUUGCGGUAUAAGAACCAAUUGUCCACCACUAUUAAAAAUAAAAACAAUUAUGUGUGCGGCUAUAUUACGGGGAAUAAAACUGGUUAACUUGAGGCCUAUAUCGGGCUUUAGGCUCCAGCAGAGUCUGCACACAAGCCUGACCCACAACAAGUGGCAGAAUCCGCCCUCCGGAGAUGUGGAAAGAAAACUUUUGUAUGUCGACAAACUCCCGGAAAACUAUCAACUUAUCUACCGCGCUCCCAUCGAGAACUAUGUGACCUGGACGAAAAAUAUUUCCACAGCCACUACUUCCGUACUGGGCCUGAUUGCCGCCUAUCAUUGGGCCACAACCAUGAAUGUGGUUAACAUGGUGCAGAAAGUGGAUAUAGCCAUUCUGGUUUCGCAGGAGUCUGACUUGUACUACUUUUUGUGCGGAUUUGUUCUCAUUAACCUGGCCAUUCGCACCUUCGUGGCCAAGUAUCCGCUGCGGAUAUACAAAAGUUCCGACAAAUAUGUGGCUGUAUACGGCUCCCAGCUACCCCUAGGGACGGUUAAGCACUUUUUCGAGAAAGGACAAAUAGCCGAAUACAAAAAUUUCCUCAAUCCUUGGAGCCAUAUCAUGUACAGGUUGGGCAACAGAUCCUCCAUGUUGCUUAUUGACUACUUUAAAACGCCUUCAGAGUUUCACCAACUUUUCACGACUAAGCAAUAGUCUUUGCCUUAUAUUUGUUGUUGUAAAUUGUUAAUAAAUUAUAAAACAAAAUAA